UUGUUUUUCACUCUCUCUCUCUCUCUCUUCACACAGUCAAGCGGCGGCGAAGAUGAGUAAAGGAGGAGCAGCGGCGGCGGGAGCCAAGGGCGGGAAGAAGAAGGUCGCGACAUACGUGAUCGAUUGCGCUAAACCUGUGGAGGAUAAGAUUAUGGAGAUUGCUUCUCUCGAGAAGUUCCUGCAGGAGAGAAUCAAGGUCGGAGGUAAAGCCGGCGCUCUUGGCGAUUCCGUUACCGUUACCCGUGAGAAGAACAAGAUCACCGUUACCGCUGACGCCACUUUCUCCAAGAGGUACCUCAAGUAUUUGACAAAGAAAUACUUGAAGAAGCACAACGUUAGGGAUUGGCUUCGGGUGAUUGCUUCCAACAAAGACAGGAACGUUUACGAACUUCGCUACUUCAACAUUGCUGAGCAAGAGGGUGAGGAAGAAGACUAGAAGACUUGUAACUCUCCACCCUUUUUUGCUACAAACGACUUUUUCGUUCGAUCUAUUUAUGUUGUCGGUUUUGUUCAAUUUUCUGAAUCCUUAGUUUAUCGAGUUUGCAUUUUUCGUUUAUUUGAUGAUUCUCUAUGAUUUUGUUUUUUUAUAUGAUUAAUUCAGUGACUACAGAUAUCUCUCAUUUUUAAUAUUUGGGCUA